CGCUGCGGACGGGGAGGGUUUCGUGCGGCCGGCCGGCCGGGCGCGCUGAGGGGCUGGGAGGAGGGCGGGUGGGAGGUGAAGAAGGUGUCGCCAUGCGGUCCCUGAACAUCACCCCGGAGCAGUUCGCGCAGCUCCUGCGGGACAACAACGUGACGCGGGAGCAGUUCAUCGCCCUGUACGGGCUGCGGCCGCUCGUCUACAUCCCCGAGCUGCCCCGGCGCGCUAAGGCCGCCUUCGUCCUCGUCUGCGCGCUCAUCUUCGCCCUGGCGCUGUUCGGCAACUGCCUGGUGCUCUACGUGGUCACCCGCAGCCGCGCCAUGAGGACGGUCACCAACAUCUUCAUCUGCUCCCUGGCGCUCAGCGACCUCCUCAUCGCCUUCUUCUGCGUGCCCUUCACCAUGCUGCAGAACAUCUCCUCCAACUGGCUGGGCGGUGCCUUCGCGUGCAAGAUGGUACCAUUUGUUCAAUCCACUGCUAUUGUAACUGAGAUUCUUACAAUGACUUGCAUUGCUGUGGAAAGACAUCAGGGAAUUGUGCAUCCACUAAAAAUGAAGUGGCAGUACACCAAUAAAAGAGCUUUCACGAUGCUUGGCAUAGUCUGGUUGCUGGCAGUUAUUGUUGGGUCACCUAUGUGGCAUGUUCAACGGCUUGAGGUUAAAUAUGACUUCUUGUAUGAAAAAGUCUAUGUUUGCUGCCUGGAGGAAUGGGCCAGUCCAAUUUAUCAGAAGAUAUAUACCACCUUUAUUCUUGUUAUACUCUUUCUUCUUCCACUGAUAUUGAUGCUUUUUUUGUACACUAAAAUUGGUUAUGAACUAUGGAUUAAGAAACGAGUGGGAGAUGCUUCUGUUCUUCAAACCAUUCAUGGGAAUGAAAUGUCUAAAAUAUCAAGGAAGAAGAAGCGAGCAAUUGUUAUGAUGGUGACAGUGGUGUUUCUCUUUGCAGUCUGUUGGGCCCCUUUCCAUGUGAUCCACAUGAUGAUAGAAUACAGUAACUUUGAAAAUGAGUAUGAUGAUGUAACAGUCAAAAUGAUCUUUGCAAUCGUUCAAAUUGUAGGAUUCUUCAAUUCUAUUUGCAACCCUAUUGUGUAUGCUUUCAUGAAUGAAAACUUCAAGAAAAAUUUCCUGUCUGCCAUCUGCUUCUGCAUUGUCAAAGAAAAUGUGUCACCAACCAGGCAACUUGGAAAUUCAGGGAUUUCUAUGAGGCAGCAAAAGGCAAGCGUUUCUCAAAGAGAUCCCACUGACUCAGAUGAGGCAAGGAGGGAGGCAUUCAGCGAUGGCAACAUUGAAGUAAAGUUCUGUGAUCAACCGGCUUCAAAAAGGAAUUUGAAAAAGCACCUUUCCUUAUUCAGCUCUGAGAUUACUGGGCAUUCUGUGUUGGGAAGCGGACAGUAGCAUAACACAGGUUUUCAGAAGGGGAAAAAAAUGUUCUCUUUAUAUCAUAACUGAAUGAGCCAUUUAAAGUAGUUUUCUACUUUAAGUGUUGAAGUGAGGGAGGGGGAAAAUAAUUUUGAUUAUUAUGUUGGAAUAAUGGUCAAGAAAAUAUAAUAUAUUUUAUAAAGAAAAGGAGUGAAAUUUUGGAAAACAAUCUCACUGUGAUUUCCAGAAAAACACUUUUCUUCCUCAGCUAAUUUGGGGCUUGCUUGCCCUCUGAUUUAGGUAUACCAAACAACUGUUGGUAUACAUGGUCUGUUUAUUCUGUCUGGUUCCUGGCACUCUGCUGGACUGUACUCUUUGGAAUGCCAGAAGACAAGAACUAUGGAGAGCGUGUACAGUUCCUUUGGACAGCUUAGGAAUCUUACAUGGGUCUAACGCUGUUUAUAAGAUAUGCUCUAUGCAGCUCUGAGGACAGAGAAACUUCGUAUCUGAGUUCAGGAAAAAUGCAGACUGAGAUGCAAUUCUGUUUUGCAAAGUAUGUGAAAGCCAGCCAGAAUUGGUUCUGAAGAAAUCAUGAUUUAGAUUUCAUGCAUGUCUGGAUUUUGUUAACAGGAAGUUAAUAGAAACUAACAAUGCAUGUAUAACUAAUGUGCUAUUUUUACAAGUUAAUUUUUGGGUACAAAUUUAAAGGCCAGUGUCCUUCCCUGUAAACUGCAUUAUUCCUCCUGGAAAAGGUAGAAGUUGAAAAAGUGCUAUACAAAUCAAGGGCCUGCAUAUCCUGGAAGUGUAGUCUGUAAACACUGGAAUUAUCUUAGUCAUGCUUUCAUAUGCAGUUUAUGGGGUUGAAAUUGUGUUGCUGUUUUCUGGAGGUAUAUGAGGGCCAGGCUCAGAGCCUGUUGGACUCUACAGAAGAUUUCCAGUUGAAUAUUGUAGUCUUUUGACCAGAUGUUUCUGUGGAGAUUUGUACAAACUUUUUUUUUGCUCUCCUUUAUCCUUGAAGUGGAUUAAAUACUGUGGAAAGCCAGUAUUACAAAGUCGAAAUCAAUAAAAUUCUAAAAAAUAAAUAAACAUUGCUAUCAGUGUGUCCAACUGAAACUGUGUAAAAUCAAAAGUUCCUUAUGAUUGUGGGACUGGGAAAAACAAACAAACAACAAAAAAAAAACACAAAAAAACUGGGAUCUAGAAUGGUAUACUGUGAUCUGAUCCCACAAGCAAGGCUUUGAAAUACGUAAUUUACAACUCCAGUUAAGUUUGGUUUGAAUCCUUUGAUUGCCUGUGAAAUGUUGAUGCUUUUCUGUCAUCCCUUGCUUUCCCUAGUAGAUUUUGUAUUUUGUUUACACAUAAUUGUCAAUGAAAAUGAUUCAUUGAUAUUCAUGGAUAAUUUGGAAGUACACCGGUCCUUCUGUGUAAUAUUUACAGUUGGGUAAGGCAUUCUGAUGCUGGCUUGUGACAUACUCUUUGUUAUUUAUUUUACUGUGUAUGAUAUACUCUUGAUGUAAUUACAGAGAAAGAUUCUGAACUUGCCCUGACAGCCAGGAAUUAUGAGCACUCUUGUUUAUAUUAGUAUAUAUAUUAAAUAAAAUACUGAUUUCAGAGAGCUAGGUCUGGGUGAAACAGCAUGAGUGAAAUCAGAUUUUGCCUCAGUCAGUCAUGCAAACAUUCCCCUGUGCAUUACCUUUGAAUAACGCUGGGAAGCAACAGCAGCAAUUUUUGCCUGUGAUUACCUCUGUGAUUUUCUUUGCAUUUUUUAGUUCAAAUUUAUAGAAAUGUCUCGUAGUGAAGUUUUCUACCCUGCAAAUAGGAGUUCAAAGGUUUAACACCAUUUUCCUUGGUGCAGAGUUGAUCUGGCUGAUAUUGAGAACUGCGUGGUUUAACGGAACAUAUUACUGAAAAGCACUUUAUCUUAAGCUUUUCACUUUAUUUGUAUUGCUAAUUUCAAUGACAUUUUAACAACAAAGUUGAUAGCUGCAUUGUAAAACUUCCAAGUAUUUUGUGUUUCUGUUUUAACUGUUUCUUCUAUUGUAUCAUAAAAUGUUAUCUCAACAAAUGACUGUUAUAGUAUUGUAUUUUUUUAAUUAAAAUUCCAUUUUGGCGUUGCUAGUGCUGUUUGCACUGGGAGCAUCUACAAUGAAA